GGUCGGUGGUGAGGUUAGGUCACGUUAUUUAUAUUAUUUGCGAUUUUUGGUGAUAAAACUAAUUGUUUAAAUUAAAUAAACGUCAUGGGUUCCUUUUGUCAUCAGUUGUGAUUAAAUCACUUUAUCUUGAGAUUAUUAUCUAAUUUUUGAAUGUGAAUCACCACGACCCAUAACAGACUAAAUCCAUAACUUGGUCAAGUCAUGUUAAGUCAACUGUUUAAGUUAAAUAAACGUUAUCGGUUUUUUUAUUAUCAAUCCUGAUUAAAUUAUUUUAUUUUGAAAUUUAUUAAUUUUGAAUAAUUGUUAACACCACGAUUCAUAAAGCGCAAGAACCAUAACUCGGUUAAACAACUUGACAGAGGCGCGAAAUUUCAAACGUCAAGAUGAGUGUCCCAUUGAAAAAUGAUUCCGUUAUCGAAAUAUACCUUUCGCCAAAGAGCAAACGCAAGGUUUGGGACGCAAGCUCGGAUUCGUGGCUGCCGUUCAAGACACCGUUUAGCCCCCCUGAGCCGAAAACCAAAAAACAACACGUUUAUUUUCCUCGUGAAUCGGUUUUAGAAUCAUAUGCGAGUUUUUCGCUUGUUCCCCCCGUUAGUGAGGCUCCAAGUGCCUCCAUUCUCAGUGUAAACACCCCGGACGAGAUUCUUUCAAUCAACGUAAACGAAAUUCCAAUUUUUGUAUGUAUCCGAAACAAAAAUAAGUUUGUACGAUGGACUUAUGCGAUUUUAAUUUGUCAUUUUUUGCUCAUUUUAGCCCUUCUUUUGCUCACUAGAUUCUAUCACCCAAUUUGCGAUUUCUUUCAGGAAAACUGGCUUAUUUUAUUCGUAAUUUUCAUAAUGAUUUAUUUGGCACUGGAAGUAAUGUUGGUUUUUAGUAUCAAACUGCGGCGUUAUUUCCCGUCCAAUUGUGUUGUUUUUUUGCUACUUACUUUUUGUGUAGGAAUAACUCUAGUUUCAAGCCACGCACCUUUGAAUAUCAUCUGGUCAGCGAUUUAUGGCAUAUCUCUCACUGUUGUGGUUCUUUUUACAAUAAUACUACUUUCGUGCCAACACAAAUGGGACGUAACUUCUAACUGUCUUCAUGUUUUCACGUUUUUUUAUGUAGCGUUUAUCACCGGAAUGGUUGUGAUUGGGUUGAAUUUUAUUGAUUUUACCGAAUACGAUCUCUUGUUUUUGCUUUUAACUUCGGCACUAAUGCAGUUAUUAAUUAUGUGGCUCCUAUACAUGACUCGUCAAAUCGCAAUUUGCGAGGAAGAGCGUCUUUUAUUGCAAGAGUACAUUUACGGGGCUAUCACCCUUGCCAUCCACCUCCCCCUCUUCCCCAUGUCCAUAAUCAAGUUCAUUAAAUACUGUCGAAAACUAUGA